CUUGAUCCUGAAGCAACGACCUCAGACAACUGUUCUCGCAUCUUCCAGGUUCAACUCACAACCAACCUGCUACGACAGCGGCCGCCGAGCUCCAGGCUUAGGCAGGGUAUUCAACGGUCGACUUUCGUAUGCAUUGAUCGAAUUUCUCAUCCUUCCAGCAAGAUGUAUCUCCGCUCCUUACCCCGUGCAGCUCGUGCUUCAACCAGCACCUCGACAGCAUGCACGCGAAUUACUUCUCCCUCGAUUCGAUGCUUCCGAUCCUCAGCGCAGUCCUUGGCUCCGACUUUUGCAGCUACCCAACAGCUCCCUCCCAUGACUAGCCAGUCCCAGAUGCGAUCAGCUCAUGCCAUCUCCAACCCUACCCUCGCCGGAAUUGAGAAGAGAUGGGAAGCAAUGCCGCCACAAGAGCAGGCUGAACUAUGGAUGCAAUUGAGAGAUCGUAUGAAGGUUGAUUGGAAUGAGAUGACUUUGCAGGAAAAGAAAGCUGCCUGGUGGAUUGCAUUUGGACCUCACGGACCACGUGCUGAGGCAGCCCCGGGCGAAUGGACCAAAGUGUGGCUUUAUACGGCAGUUGGCCUUGGAAUAUCGUUGGCUACGUUCAUGCUCAUCCAUUCUAUGGCAAGACCUCCUCCACGAACCAUGACCAAGGAAUGGCAAGAAGCUACCAACGAAUAUCUCAAGUCCGAGAAGAGUAAUCCUAUGUAUGGUAUCAGCCGUGAAGGAUACACUGGCCCAGGCUUCGUUCAAAGCAAAUCUGCUAAGGCCCAGGGCAUCAAGCUUGAACCGGAUGAGUGACCGACGGUGGUGUAGAGGGGCAAAGACAUGCAGGCUUGCGCCAGCGCAGAUGGCGGUCUUUUUGUACUGUGACUAGUAUCUCCAGAAAGCAGGGAUCUCAUUGUGUUUUGUGAAUACAAAAAAAAAUCAACAACAUUCCCUGCGGCUGUGCUUUUCGGGCGCUCUCUGGUUCGUGAGAUUGUACAUAGAUUAACACGGACGGUGAUUGGAAUCGAUAGCACAAAGCCGUUUCUCAGA